CGGCAAUGCAGUUACUAUGCAAGCUCAGAGGACUACUCCAGCUGAUAUGCAAUGCAAUGAUAAAUUUUUAAUUCAGAGCACUAUUGUGCCCCAUGAGAAGAUGGAAGACACAAUUAUUUCUGAAAUGUUCAUGAAGUAUAAAGCAAAGUACAUCCAUGAGAACAAGCUAAAGGUCCUUCUAAUCAGCCCUCCAGAGUCUCCGGUUUGGCAGCCAGUUAAUGGAGUCCUGAAGGAAUACUUUCCUGACAACUCGUCAACUUUGAAUGAAAAGUUGCAGAUUGGAGUUGAAAAUCUUCCUCCACCCCAUGAGGUAACAGAAAUGAUGGGUUUGGUGAUUAUUCAACCUCUUGAUCUCAAAUUCACAUUUGAGUUGCGGAAGCAAAGCUCCUGCUCUGUUACUCUAACCAACACCACAGCUCAAUGUGUAGCAUUUAAGGUGAAAACAACACCACCUAAAAAAUACUGUAUCAGACCUAAUAUAGGCAUCAUCAAGCCAAACUCAACAAUUAAUUUGAUAGUUACUAUGCAAGCUCAGAGGACUACUCCAGCUGAUAUGCAAUGCAAGGAUAAAUUUUUAAUUCAGAGCACUAUUGUGCCCCACGAGAAGAUGGAAGUUCGUGAAGGAUAAAGGAAAGUACAUCCAAGAGAACAAGCUAAGGAUCUUUCUGAUCAGUCCUCCAGAGUCUCUGGUUUGGCAGCCAGUUAAUGGUGUCCUGAAGGAAGACUCUCCUGACAAGUCUUCAACUUUGAAAAAAAAGUUGCAGAUUGGAGUUGAAAAUC